UUAGAAAAUGUCGGCAAGAAGAAAUUGUUGACGUGUUUUACGGAUGAAAAUAAUUUAUAAAAUGGGUAUUUAAAUAGUAAAAGUAGUACCUGACUGAAUAAGUCUUCUGAGUUUCGUACUGAUAAUCUUUUAACCCACUUGUCCUAAAAAAAAAUUGAGAGGUUUCGAAACGUCAAAAUUUGAGAAGUUUGUUUAGUCAAGGGGAGAUAACUUCGGAAUAUUUUUUUUCCCCUUAAAGUUAAUUUAUAAUUUGUCACCGUUGCUGAUUACAUAAAUUAAUCAUGGCAAGACAUGUCACCUUGUUACAGUGCUAUAACACAAUCAACGUUAUAAUCGAUCCCAAAUGUUGUAGACUGCUAAUGCCAGCAAUCAUCGGAAUAAGUUUAGGCAUCGCCAUGAGUAUGAUGUAUGCCCCGUUCAGUGAAAAUAGUUGUGAAACAUUUGUAGCUAAUCAUGACCCACAGGAAUUAGUCAAUAAAAGAGAACAAAAGUCAAUCCAAGGUGUAGAAGACUCCAUGAAAUUUGAACCAAAGUUACGACUGCAACAAGAAAACGUUGCACCGCAAAGAAGUCCUACCAAAAAACUCAUUAGACCAAGAUAUGCAUCGACAGAACUGGGUAUUAGAGAGCGCCUAUUUGUAGCUGUAAUGACAUCAAAGACAACUAUUGACACAUUAGGUGUCGCUUUCAAUAAAACAGUACAACAUCAUGUGACAAAAAUGGUAUUCUUUAUGGAGGAAAAGGGUCAGACAUUACCUGCAGGAAUGUCAGUAGUCAGCUUUUCUGAUAAAUAUCCACACCUUGUACCCAUUCAUGUGUUGAAGUACAUAUCAGAACAUUAUCCUGAGACAUUUGAUUAUUAUAUGUUUGUAUCAGAUAGAGCUUAUUUACGCGGAGAGAAACUUAUAGACUUAGUCAAUCAUAUCAGUGUUAGUCAACAUGUUUACAUGGGUUUUCCCCAAAUUAUGAAGGAUGGAAGUGGAACAUAUUGCCCUUUAGAAGGGGGAAUCAUUCUCUCUCAGUCCAUUUUAUCAAGAGUUUUAGCUGAGUUAGAUUGGUGUUCAACAAAUUGUCAUUCCUCAGAUCCUAGUUUAAAUCUAGGACAGUGUCUUCUACACUCAACUGAUAUGAACUGUCAGGAACAUACUGGAACUAAAAGCUAUACCUAUUUCAAAGUAUCAGAUUUUGAUUUUGAUGAUGAAAUACCCAAAUUGAAACAAAAAGAAGUCUUCAAUGCAUCUAUUUCUGUAUUCCCAAUGCCUGAUGAUAUUAACCAUUAUAAAUUACACAGAUAUUUUUGUCAACAUGAAUUAAAUCAAACAAAGAAAGAGAUUGAGAAAACUAGAGACAAUAUAAUCUACAUGAGUCAGUUUGCUCCUGGGGGUAGAGAAAGUGUUAACUGGCCUAUUGGUGUUCCAGAACCAUAUAAACCUAAAAGUAGAUUUGAUGUGAUAAGAUGGGAUUAUUUCACUGAAACACAUAUUUAUUUUCAAGAUGAUUUCACUAAUUAUAAAGAACUUAAAGGUGUAGAUAAACAAGAUGUACAGGAAGUUAUCAAGAUAUCUGUAGAGCGCUUGAAUGAAAAAUAUGGUAACAUGUUCCUGUAUUCAAGUCUGGUCAAUGGUUAUCGAAGAUUUGAUCCACAACGAGGCAUGGAGUACACAUUAGAUUUGGUCUUACGAGAUAUUUCAAAACAAAAUUGGGAGGUGGAGAAAAGAGUACAUCUCGUUCGACCCCUGGGUCGUGUGGAAAUUGUGCCCAUGCCGUAUGUCACAGAAAAUACCCGUGUCAACUUGAUCUUACCAGUCACAGUUGAUGAGAAAGACGGAGUUGCAAAUUUUCUCGACUCUUACGCAAAAACUUGUCUGGAUUCAGGAGAUAAUACCUAUCUAUUAAUUGUUUUUAUUUAUAGACAUCAACUAGAUGGAGGCAUCGAGGAUACAUUUUCCGUAUUAAAAUCUCUAGUUGCGUAUUACGAAAGGAAAUAUCAGAAUGGGGGGAAAGUAUCAUGGGUUAGUCUCACUCAUCAAGAAGCUUAUAUUUCAGAUUUAUAUAUUAUAGAUGAAGUUGUCAGUCGAUUUCAACCAGAAUCUUUGAUCUUAUUGAGUAGUGUCGGUAUGGAGUUAGCGCCAGACUAUUUUAACCGUGUGCGUAUGAAUACGAUACAAGGCUGGCAAGUGUUUUUCCCGAUCGGUUUUUGGCAGUAUAAACCAAAUCUCAUUUACGAUCAGAAACCCUAUCCUACUAAUAUUGACAUUAAUAGUAAAUCUGGUCAUUAUGAUGCUAAUUCUUAUGAACACAGUAGUUUCUAUGUCUCUGAUUUUACUGACAUGAGAAAGCUACUCUCAGCAGAAGAAGCACAAGAUGCUGAUAUUUACGAUUUGUUCAUAAAAUCUCAGAAACUCCACGUUUUCCGUGCCAUUGAACCAGCUCUAAAACACAAAUUCAAGAAUUUUUCUUGUCCUUCCAGUGCUCCUUUAAAAAUGUUUCAGCGUUGUCUCACUCGUAGAUCCUUAGGGUUAGCCAGCAGAAGUCAACUAGCAAAAAUUGUUUUUGAACACCAGAAGAAAUUUGGUCCAGACCAGUUGAAGUCAACUAAUUAAAAAUUUAAAUUGAAAACCUUAUAUAUAUGUUUAAUUUUUGGACAUUCCGAUUUGAACUUUAUAUUUUGAAUCUGAAAAAAUAUACUAUUCAAAAAAAGUAGGGGAUAUUUGAUUUUUAAGUGUUAUUAAAGUCACCUAAUGAAACUGACGAAGAAACAAAUGACAAAAUGAAAUGAAGUUCACAUUCAUCGAUUUAUUCCAAAUGAACGUUAGACUAAGUAAGGCACAGACUGACCAUUAUAAGGGUAAAAUGAUACCCGGGGUCAAACAGCAAAGUUACCACAGCAUCACAACCAAGUCAGUAACGGGUAAAUCCUCCUCUGUUUGCCAAACAAGCAUUGAUCCGACGUGGCAUACUCUUAAUGAGACGUCUAAGGUCAUUUUGGUCCAGAUUGUCCCAUUCCUGUUGCAACGCAGCAGCAAGUUCUUGGACAUUGGUAGGACGUUGUUGACGUUGACGUAACCUCUGUCCAAGCAUGUCCCAGACAUGCUCGAUGGGGGAGAGGUCGGGACUCAGUGCUGGCCAAGGUAAUGUGAUGUUCUGUUGUUGGAGGUAACCUGUAACGAUCCUGGCCCUGUGACAUCUUGCGUUGUCAUCCUGGAAGAUGAAACGGCGGCCAUGACUUCGUGCGAACGGCACAACAUGGACUGCCAAGAUGUUGUCCCGGUAGUACUGGCCUGUAACACGCCCUGCAACAACAUGUAAAGCCGUUCUUCCAGCAACAGUGAUGCCUCCCCACACCAUAACAGAACCACCCCCAAAUCGAUCAUGUCUGAUGACGUUAACGUCUUGGAAGCGCUCGUUUCGACGACGCCACACCCUCCUACGUCUGUCCAAAAAAUCAACAGUGAACCUUGACUCAUCUGAAAACAUCACAUUGCUCCAGCGUCGAUUAUCCCAGUGUUGACAAUCCCUACACCAACGACGUCUUGCCGGAAUGUGAUGAUCUCUCAAACAAGGGAUCAUGCGAGGACGUCGGGGGCGAAGAUGACCCCUAUGCAGUCAAUUCCGAAUCGUCUGGCCACUCACUCUCACACCAGUGUCUGUUUGAAGACGAGCGCUGAUCUGAUUUGCUGUGAUGACACGAUUUCUCAAGGCCAAGGUACGGAUAAAUCGAUCCUGGGCUUGAGUUGUCGCCCUUGGUCGACUUGAGCGUGGUCUGUCCUGUACAGAUUGUGUAUCACGGUAUCUGGACCAUAGCCUGCUUAUGACAGACUGAGAAACAUUCAUCGUCCGCGCCACAACCGCCUGUGUUUUGCCGAUCUGUAGCAUGCCAAGGGCACGUAACCUUUCAUUUUGGGUAAGCCGACGCAUAUCAAAAUUUGUUUUCUGGUCACUAAAACAAUUAAACUGAUGUUUCCACCCUGGAAUUCGAUGCCACAAUGACUGUAACAUUCAAAGUCAGAGUCGUGCAAAUCUUGGGUUGGACCCCCAUGAUGAUCCCAAGCAUCACCUGCAUUCUAUGCGGUAGCUAUUGGUGCGUUUGGGCGUCACAUGUAACUGGAAAUGUUUCUUCUGUUAGGUUCUAUGACUGUAACAUUCAAAGUCAGAGUCGUGCAAAUCUUGGGUUGGACCCCCAUGAUGAUCCCAAGCAUCACCUGCAUUCUAUGCGGUAGCUAUUGGUGCGUUUGGGCGUCACAUGUAACUGGAAAUGUUUCUUCUGUUAGGUUCUAUAGUGACUUUUUUCGUAGUCAUUUGCAUAUUUUAGUAUUAUGCCCCCAAAAUCAAAUAUCCCCUACUUUUUUUGAAUAGUAUAGCUAGUCACAUUUCUACUUAACACAACCUAAUGAAUGAAAUGAAAUGUGGUUUAACAUCCUACUGUUCUGCUCCGACUGGGCUAAUUAAGACGACAGAGAAUUAUGAAGGGAGGGUCAGUCAAGUAAGCUUAUUGUAUUAGACAAUAUGCUAAUAUUGAUACAAAUGUGAAAAAAAUAUAUUUUCAGAUUAAUAAAUGGGAGGGAACAAUUGAAUUUCCAAAUCAACAAAUCAGAGGGAUAGUUUAUUUAAUCAGAAUUGAGGGAUACUUUAUGUACUGAAUUCAAUACUGAGGGAUACUUUAUUUAGUCAAAACUGAGGGAUACAUUAUUUAGUCAAAACUGAGGAAUACACUAUUUAGUCAAAACUCAAUGAUACAUGUAGGUGUAGUUUCUAUUGAGAAGACUGAGGAACAGUUUAUAAUAUAUUUAUUCUAAAUCUAUAUUUCAAAUAGGUGAACGUAUAUGAAAGGUUGUUUAUAAGUAGUUUAACAUUAUAUGUACAGUAUAUUCUAGUUUUAUAUCAUAGAUGUAUUAUUUAUACAGUAUUCAAUAGGGCUUCACUAUGCUAUUGUUGGGAUCCAAUGAUAUAUAAUCUGUGAUAUUAUAGCGAAUCCCUUAUAUAUUUGACUGAAGGCUUCUCUAUAACGCUAGAGUCAACUGCUAUAGUGUAACCGGCAAAACAACAUUAGACUGAAGGGCUUUAAUAUGAUGCAGUUGAGCCCUGUCUUAUAGUGAAACCUGCCUUCUAACAAAAACCAGCGUUUUUGUAAACCACCUUAUAGUGAUGUUUUAGUGCAACUUGAAAUGUGCAGAUAAGCUAUAGUAUAGAUGGUGCUAUAAUACCAUAGUCAUAACAACAUCUGUUUAUUAUAUCCUUAAAUCAAAAUAAUACUGUAUUAUUAUCAAAAUAAUAAUAUUAGAAAUCAAAAUAAUAAUAUUAGAAAUCAAAAUACAUGUUCUUAUAGUUAAAAUCGCAAUCAAAAUAUUGAUAUCUUUUGAUACAAGUACUUUUACAUACGGUAUGUCCCUAUGGUAUAUUUUUUUAUGCCUUUUAUAUAAAGAAUACCAUCCAUAUAUUAUGUAAUUUCUAAAAACAACGAAAUGUAGAAAGUUUGAUUGAAUCAGAGCUUAAAAAUAUCAAAAAUAUUUUUUUAUUAAAUUUUUUUUUAUCAAUUUUGAAAAAUACAUGUAGGCUAUAUGUAUUCCCCAGACAAGUAUUAAUUAUUGUAUUUCAUAAAGAAGUAAUGGUAGAAAGUUAUUAAAAGCUUAUUUUAUACAGUACAUUUUUUAACACAGUGGUUGAGUGCUAAGAAUCCAGAUCCAGAUUCUCUUGCGAGAAUUAUCACAAACAGUUUUAGGAACUUCAAUGACCUGAGACACUCUUUUGUUGAUUUGUGUAUGACUGCCAUUUUGAAUCUGAAGAAACAGAUUCACAUAUUUUGUAUCUGGCUUCAGAUGCGAUGAUUUAUAGCAGGACUUUCUUUUCAGGCAUAUCUUGUGAUCAUUUUUGGACUGUGCUUUGAGCAUGCUCAUUGCGCAAUAUAAAUAGACUAUUAUUAUUAUUAUCUUACAGUCUUGACUGACUGAAAGUGAAAUUGACCAACUGUAGAAUUUACCUGUCAAUUAAUUUAAAUGUCAUGAAAUGAUAAUUACAAAGAAUUUAACCUGAAAUCACAAUAAAUACAGUUUUAAUUUAUAGAUUUUGUGUGUAAAAACACUUUAAUGUAUUUAAUUUUGAAAAUUGAGAAAUGCUGAAGAUGGUCAUAUUCUUUGGGAAAAUAUAUUGCCGAUCUGCGGUAAACAAAAUGUCAAAAAUUUACUGACUGGCAAUAUUAUUACAUGAAAGCCCUGAUCUUUACUUUAAAAACAAACACAUCUGAAUCUAGGUUUCGGAUUAUUAGCAACCAAACUCACCUUAUAUUAGUUAUAUCAAUGGCACUUGGUACUACUUAAAUGUAUAGAAUCGUGUCUCAAUAUUAAUUUGAAAUUUUUUGUUAUCCUGUAUAAUACUUAUCAAAUAUUUUUUGAUAUUGUUCAAAUGUUGUUAUUAAUGAUUGUUAUGUAUGUUAUAAAUUUAAGAAAUUAACUUACCGUAUUUAAAAAUAUGUGUGCUAUGAACAAACACGUUUACAUUGUUUCAAUGAACAUAGUCUUUCAACAAUUACGCACCACUAUAGAAUCUCAUAGUUAUUUUGCUACAUUUAAAUGUAGUUUAAUAUGACAUAUAUAUUAACAGUUUAUUUCAGCCUCACCACCAAAUAUUACUCACUUUUUUUACAUACACAUUGUGCUUUAAUUUUGCUACAUUUUUGUAUUAAUGACAUAUAUAUUUAACAGUUUAUUUCAACCACACACCCAUCAUUACUCAUUUUUUCACAUAUAUAUUGUGCUUUAAUUUUGCUACAUUUCUAUUUUAUUUUAUGUUAAUGACGUAUAUAUUAAGUUUGUUUCAACUUCCACCCAUUAUUAUCCACCUUUUCACAUACACAUUGUGCUUUAAAUUUGCUACAUUUAAAGAUGCAUUAUGUAAGAUUUAGAUAAAGAGCUAGACGUUCUUGCUAUUAUGGUUCAAAAAUAGAUAAUGAAAAGUGAAUAUAUUGAAAAUUUCAUUCAAAUUACUUUAUUCUGAGCAAAGUAAUGACUGUUUGAAGAUAUGACUGCUUAAACAUAUAGGGUAGAUCAUUCAUUAUCAUAGCAACAGUACUUGACAACCGAGAUUUAGCCUUGAUUGUCCAUAUUAUCAUUAAUUUCUUAGAUCUCACAGAUGUUUAAAUCCAUUUAAUUCUCGGCCAUCCAAUGAUAGUUGAUUGUAGGCAUGGAAUGUUAAUUAAUGUCUGUAUAAUAAUUUAUAUACACGUAACAUUUGAAGCCAAAAGAAAGACCUGUAAUAGGCAGAUUUAGCUCUUACAUGAUGCAUCUUUAAGUGUAUUUAGUAUUAAUGACCUAUAUAUUAAGGGUUGUUUCAACAACACCAACCAUUAUUACUCACUUUUUUACAUACAUGUACACAUUGUGCUUUAAUUUUGCUACAUAUAAAUGUAUUUUAUAUUAAUGACAUAUAUAUUGGUUGUUUCAACAACACCAACCAUUAUUACUCACUUUUUCACAUUUCACAAACACAUUGUGCAUUAAUUUGGUAAAAGCUGCCUAUACUGGAUUUUUUGUAUAUGGCUGGCAUUUUAAUUGACUUUGAUAUAUUAAUGUAUUUUAACAUUUUGUUUCACUCGCCUCAUUUUAAUCUUAUUUAGGUUAGACCAUAUUUUCAUGUUAUUCAAAUUUACAUCACAAUGCGGUCAAACAUUUAAAAAGGUUGUGUUAAAACGCAGACACAUGGGCAAAAAUGAUUUGGAAGACAGAUAAUUUUGAUUGGUCUCCCAUUAUUACUCACUUUUUUACAUACAUGUACACAUUGUGCUUUAAUUUUGCUACAUAUAAAUGUAUUUAUAUUAAUGACAUAUAUAUUGGUUGUUUCAACAACACCAACCAUUAUUACUCACUUUUUGUCCCCCGCCUUUCGAAGAAAGCAGGGGACUAUUAAAAUGGGUUCGUCCGUCUGUCUGUCUGUCCGUCUGUCCGUCCGUCUGUCUGUCCGUCACACUUUUUGGGACACAAUAACUCUCUUCCUAAUUGAGCUAGAAUGUUCAAACUUGGUGUAUGUGUUUAUUAGGUCAAUGCCUUGAUGGAGUUCGAAGAUGAGCAUUUUCCGCUUAGGGUAAGCAGAGAUAAGCAAUUUGAUUGGUUGAUGCUUUGGGACAUGAUAACUCUCUUCCUAAUUGGGCUAGAAUGUUCAAACUUGGUGUAUGUGUUGAUUAGGUCAAUGCCUUGAUGGAGUUUGAAGAUGAGCAUUUUCCGCUUAGGGUAAGCAGAGAUAAGCAAUUUGAUUGGUUGAUGCUUUGGGACACGAUAACUUUUAAUUGAGCUAGAAUGUUCAAACUUGGUGUAUGUGUUUAUUAGGUCAAUGCCUUGAUGGAGUUCGAAGAUGAGCAUUUUCCGCUUAGGGUAAGCAGAGAUAAGCAAUUUGAUUGGUUGAUACUUUGGGGCACGAUAACUCUCUUCCUAAUUGAGCUAGAAUGUUCAAACUUGUUUAAUUACAAAUACAUAGAGUAAAAGAAUAGAGAGCCUACCUACAAAACAUACAUUAUUCCUGUUUAUGGUGUAUUGCUUUCAUAGGAUAUUUAUUUAUCAAUUUUAUCAAACAAGUAUAUGAAUUGGUUGGAACAUAAAAUAUUGACAUUCAGUCACUUAAUUCCUUAAAAUUGAUUGUAAUAAACUCAGUAUUUUGUUUCCAUUUUUUGUCCCCCGCCUUUCGAAGAAAGCAGGGGACUAUUAAAAUGGGUUCGUCCGUCUGUCACACCUUUUGGGACACAAUAACUCUCUUUCUAAUUGAGCUAGAAUGUUCAAACUUGGUGUAGGUGUUUAUUAGGUCAAUACCUUGAUGGAGUUCGAAGAUGAGCAUUUUCCGCUUAGGGUAAGCGGAGAUAAGCAAUUUGAUUGGUUGAUGCCUUGGGACACGAUAACUUUAGUUCUAAUUAAGUGAGGGGGGUUGGAUGGCUGAAUGGUUAGCACGUGCGCACUGUAUCAUAAAGCCUGUCAUUGAGUCAACUGGCGUGGUUUCGAAUCCCCGGUUGUAUGUUACAAGGAGUAGGGUCGCCUUUCCAACCUUGUGGGUUUUCUCCGAGUCCGCCGGUUUCCUCCCAAAGACCCCUACGUGCAAGCGAAUUAUUGAAAUUAAAAAUUAAACCAUAUGUUAGUCCCGAAAUGACCUAGUUUGUGUCGAGUGGACAUUAAAACCCAUUUUUCUCUCUGUCUCUCUCUAAUUAAGUGAGAGUGAUGAAACUUGGUGUAUAGUUUUAUUACAUCAAUACCUUGACUAAGUUCGAUAAUGAGCAUUUUCUGCUCAGGGUAAGCAGAGCGAUAAGCAAUUUGAUUGGCCAAGAUUUUGGAACACAAUAACUCUCCUUCUAAUUGAGCUAGAAUGUUCAAACUUGGUGUAUGUGUUUAUUGGGUCAAUGCCUUGAUGGAGUUCGAAGAUAGGCAUUUUCUGCUUAGGGUAAACAGAGCGAUAAGCAAUUUGAUUGGUUGAUGCUUUGGGACACGAUAACUUUAGAUCUAAUAAAGUGAGAGUGAGAACACUUGGUGUAUAGCUUCAUUACAUCAAUACCUUGACUAAGUUUGAUAAUGAACAUUUUCUGCUGAGGGUAAGCAGAGCAAUAAGCAAUUUGAUUGGUCGAGACUUUGGAACACAAUAACUCUCCUUCUAAUUGAGGUAGAAUGUUCAAACUUGGUGUGGGCAUUCAUUAGGUGAAUACCUUGAUGGACUUGAUGAUGAACAUUGUCUGCUUACGGUAGGCAGAGAUAAGCAAUCUGAUUGGUUGAUGCUUUAGGGGCACGUUAACUUCGGUUAUAAUGAAGUGAGAGCGAUGAAACUCUGAAUAUAGAUUCAUUAUAUCAUUACCUUGACUAAGUUUGAUUGUGCAAAUUUUCUGCCUGGGCUAAGGAGCGAUAGGCAGUUUGAUUGGUCAAGACUUUGGGACAUAAAAACUCUGCUUUUAAUUGAGGUAGAAUGUUUAAACCUGAUGUAGAUGUUCAUUAGGUGAAUGUCUUGACUGAUUUCAAUGAUUAACCUUUCAAGCUAAAGCUAAGCAGAGCUAUUCAAUUUCAUUGGUCUAUGCUUUGGGACAAGAUAAUAUUGAUUCUAUCUGAUAGAGUGUGAUGAAACUUAGUGUGUAGUUUGAUUGCUCGAUACUUUUGAAAAAAAUAAAUGUGUGAUUAAUUAAUAUGUGUCAUCUAUUUAUUUUGGGAUUUCGGCGGGGGACAUCAGCCUCACUGUUGGCUUGUUCACAUUUCACAUACACAUUGUGCAUUAAUUUGGUAAAAGCUGCCUAUACUGGAUUUUUUGUAUAUGGCUGGCAUUUUAAUUGACUUUGAUAUAUUAAUGUAUUUUAACAUUUUGUUUCACUCGCCUCAUUUUAAUCUUAUUUAGGUUAGACCAUAUUUUCAUGUUAUUCAAAUUUACAUCACAAUGCGGUCAAACAUUUAAAAAGGUUGUGUUAAAACGCAGACACAUGGGCAAAAAUGAUUUGGAAGACAGAUAAUUUUGAUUGGUCUCUCUUUUUGCUUUAUGUAAUGCUAUGUUUUGCUUGGAAUUGAUUUCUUGUGGUAUGUAUUACAUUAUGUUAGUUCCUGGAUCAAUGAAAUCCAACAUUGAAAUUAUGUAUGAUUUUACUAAAAAUUAUUAGUGCUAUUUUCUAAACUUCUGUCCUAUUUUUGUAUUUUUCUUAAUAAAUUUAUGAUGUUAGUGAUCAUUUUAAGGAAUCUUUUACAAAGUGUUAUAAGCUGGUCCUAUACUUAGUAGAUUCUCUGCCAGAUACCAUUUGUAGGAUAUGAUGAAAUCUCACACGAUCGAUACUUCCUGUGUCUUCUAUGACCAGGCUAAAUUGAACUCUCUCAAUUAGAACCCUUGCAUUCAUGAGCCAAUAUUUUUGUUUCAACUGCUGAUUGACUGUGCACUGGCCAUUUAUAAUGUACAAUACUAAAUGUAGUAAAUGUUGGGCAUUAAUAACAUUGGUUAUUUAAUAGCCUAUGUAUUCAAGUGCAACUUCUUGAUACAAGGAUUAAAGAUGCCAAAUUAACCAACUUAAAAAAGUAGAUAGGCCAAACCCUAAAGAAAGAUUUUCGAAUAAUUAUAUCAGUCGUAUGAAUGGUGAAAUUUAUAGUUUUACAAUAAAAUCUAUUUAUGAAGUAGUUACCAUUGAAUUUUACUUAAUCUUUUGUGUCAUGUUUUCGUAUUUAUCACUUAUUGUAUGUACAAAUCACAUUUGUUAUUAAGUGGGAAAUAAUGUUAGUAUUUUCAUAUUUUUAUGUUACAAAUUAUACAAUUUUGUAAAUUAACUUGUAUGAGAAUAAAUUAUAUAUUUUGCAGUU